CAUCUUUAUCUGUUUUGGACCCAGGAGAAGGACUAAAUCUUUUUUGCAAUAAUAACAAGAGAAUAUCAUUGUCUGAAUAUCGAUACUUUAUAACUUAGUGUUCUUUUCUUAUACAGUAGAUAGAGUCUGCUGUUUUCCUUAGAAUAAGGUACUGCAUUUUUGUAUCAUGACAACAAGGCCUGCAGGAAAUGAAUUUAAUUUAGGUGUAAAGUUUGGUAAUGCUGCUGUGGCUGGUAUUACUGGUGUCACAAUAAACUUUCCAGUAGAUCUUUGUAAGACUAGGCUUCAGAAUGCAGAAACAGGGCCAAAUGGGGAGAAAAUUUACAAAAGCUUGUUGGAUUGUGCCAAGAAGACUUAUAAAGCAGAAGGUUUCUUUGGAAUGUACAGAGGAUGGGCAGUGAAUACACUUCUAAUUACUCCAGAGAAAUGCAUAAAGUUGGGUUUAAAUGACCUGUUCUGCCACCAUUUUGGAGGUAAAGAUGGUACUCUCCAAUGGUAUGGGCGUUUGAGUGCUGGUGGCCUGGCAGGUGCCUGUCAGAUUAUAGUAACUACACCCAUGGAAUUGUUAAAGAUACAACUUCAAGAUGCUGGCAGGAGUGGGGUAGCAUUAAAUGCUGAUGGUACAGUUGCUAAGAAGACUGCAUUGGGAAUAAGUAAACAGUUAUACGCUGAGCGUGGAUUCUUGGGACUGUAUAAAGGAUUUAGACCAACCUUCUUGAGAGAUGUUAUUUUUUCAACCGUUUACUUCCCUUUAGUUUCUUAUUUAAAUGAUUGGAUGAUCAAGAUGUUAGGACACAAAGAAAAUGAAAAAAAGAUAUAUGUUAGUUUUUCAUCAGCAUUUAUAUCUGGAGCAGUUGCUUCCCUCUCAGUUAACCCAUUUGAUGUUGUAAAGACAAGAUUACAGACUCUUACAAAAGGAAAGAAUGAAAAAACUUAUGCUGGCAUAACUGAUUGUUUUAGGAAAAUAUACAUGACUGAGGGAUGGACAGCUUUCUACAAAGGUGGCACCAGUAGGAUUAUAGCUAUUGCCAUUUUGUUUGGUGUGGCACAGACAGUCUAUUGGCUGGAACCAGUAGAGCAUACAAUAAAACUCUAUACCAAGUACAGAUCUUAACCUUCAAGAAAAAACAUUUAGGCACAAUUCUACUACAACAAUUUAUAUUUGAUUUCUAAGUGUGGAAAGAAAAAUUAAAAACAAAAGUGUGUAUUGUACAUAAUUAUGUAUUUAUCUUUACUAGGUCUGAUUAUUAUUUCUUUUAUAAUAGAAGUUUGAUAUAGAUUUUUUAGAAAUUUUUUAAAAGAAUUUGUGUAUUUUUUAUACAAUAUUUUGCUUUUCAAGACUUUCAGAAUUAGUCGAAAGUAAAUGUCAAAGAAUUACAAAAGAGUCCAUAGCCAAAGUGAUUAAUGAAUUUUCAAUUGUAAGAAGAUAUUUUUAUUACCUUACCUUGCCUAGAAGGACAAUGUGUGCUAUUGUCAUUUCGGCAUUUAUCUGUUGCCUUCGGUCCAAUUUGUCCAUUUCAAAUCAAAAUUACCUCUCUUACUAAAACUUUUCUUAAAAGUUAUUUCAGCAAUGUCCUAUUUUUUUUUUUUAGUGAAGUAAAUGGUACUAUGAACGAAAGAAACCUUUGUCAUAUGCUUAAAUUAUAAUUUAUGAGGAAUACAUGCUCCAUUUAGUCUCUAAUUUUAUUGAGUUUAGAUAGGCAGCUUUCUUAGAUUUGCCAAAAUAUUAGUAUGAGAGUUUAUGUUAUUAAUUAAAACCAAAUUCAAAUAUAUACACCUUAGAAUAAACUUUAUUUCCUCUGCUACUCCAACAUUUGUUUUUCACUGUUCGGAUAUAUUUAUUAAAUUAGAAAAGGAAACUCUUGUCUGCUCAUCAAUGUUUAAGUUAAAACUGUGUCUCAGGUGACUAGUCUCCCUUUAGUGACUGUCGUCAUAUAUCAAUCAAAUUUUAAAAAUAUGUAAACUUUAACUUGUUUUGAAUGUUUGUGUCAGUGUUUAUUUUCUACAAAACUACUGCUGCAGGAAAUAUGUAGGAAAAUAAUUAAAAUGUAAAAAGGGAGUUAACUCUAGAUUUUUUAGUUCCCUUUCCCAUACAUUCCAGUAUUAAGUUAUGCAGAUAUUGUCCUCACUGCUUGUAUUUUAUAUGUUUACAGAGUGUGAUAAGUGGUUGAUAGUAUUGUUAUUAUUUAUACUUUUUAAACUCCACUAAAAGAUUGAACCAUUGUAUGGCAUUCUGAAAUAAAUUGCAAUUCUAUACACUAUAUGAUUUUUGAAGCUAGUCUCAAAGAAAUAAAAUCCUCAUAUUUGAAACCAGGGAUUUGUUUUUAUUUUGUAAAAGUUGAUAACACAUAUACUUAUAUUUUCUGUUUUGUUUAUAAUGUUUGUUUAAUAUUUCAUACUCUUUUUUUACAUCUUAUAAAAAUUGAAAUUCAAUUUAUGUGCCAUAAAGAAGUUAAAACUCAUAAAAUUUAGUCAAUUGAGUAAUUGAUGCAUUAUAGAUUUUAUGAUUAUGAUAUCAAAUUACAUGUGCUGAUUUAUAGUGAUUGUUGACAAUAACCAUAUAGUACGGAUUGAAUGCAAAUUGUGAUACCAAAUGUACUGUUAAGUCAAUAUAUAUUUUUUCAGGUGAUAAAACUAACAAAGAUUUGUAAUUUGUAAUUUUUCAAUUGAAUAACUUUAAAUUCUUAUAUUUAUUGAGUCCUUCCAAUGAAAAUUUAUCGAAACCAAAAGAAAAAAGCAAAUUUACCUGACAAUCAUUUUUACAACCUUUUGAUGUGAGAAAUAUAAAUUAAGUCUUCUACUUCUACAAUAUUAAAAUCCAGAAACAUCAUUUUCCUUCCGCUUAUUCUGCACUUAUCUUGAUAUAUUUUUUUUAAAUAAAUGAUAAAUUUCUUUAUUUCUGGUAAAGUAAAAUCUGUAAAGAUUAAAAGUCACUUGCCUUUAAAUGAAAUAUAUGUGUGUGUUUGAAUUUUUGCAUCAUUUUGGUUUCUCAUCAGCAUUUGAUUUUUUAGUUUUUGUAAAAUGUGAUAUUCAUGUAAAUGGUAUAAUGAUCAUGAUUAAAUUGUUAUCUAAUAGCCAAAAAUGAUUUCUUUUCACUUUUCUGAAAAACUGCUGUGUAUUUGUUUAUAUUUUAUUUGUAUAUUAUAAGUUUAAUUAGUAGUAUGUAUAUUAUUAAUUAGUUCUAAGUCAAAUUAUUAUUUGUGUUACUAGUCUGUACUUAUAUUAGUGUCAUAAGUUUAUGUCAUGUUUUUUGGGGUGGGUAUUUUUUUUUUGUUAUUUUUGUGUGUGGUGUACCACAUCUGUUUAAACACAUAUGGAUCAUUAUUGUUGUAUCAAAUCUUUACAUGGGGUGUUGUGAUAAUUUAAGAGCAUGGCCACUUGAAAUUUCACUAUAUAAUAUUUUAUGAAAAUUACUGUAUUUUACUCUAGGGAUGCACUAACCACCAUAGUCCGAGAUUACUUUGACGUCCAAUGGCUGUUUUGCCAGACAAGGUUGGGCCGUGGGACGUCAGAGCUCUUCCCAUAUCAAAAAGUGAGAAUUUAUAGUAAGAUAUAUAAAGCAAUGCAUUUGUCCAUGAUUUUUUUUUGUAGAGCUUAUUACAAUCAUUUACUUAACCUUAUGAAUAUAAAUGAAUUAAAGGAAAAUCUGCAUUUAGUCAAUAACCUGAUGACCUCAUUGAUUACUAUAAUAUGACUUUGCAUAUUAGUUUUUUCCCCAGAAUAUCCUUAAGCAAUAUGCAAUUAAAAUAUUUUGGGAAUGGUGAAACCAUAAUUUGAUAACUUGAUAAAUUACAAAUUUGUAUUUACAUUAUUUGGUCAUCAUGAUGAAACUAUAAAAUAAAGUAUCAAUGAAAUAGUA